UGCAGACGCAAGAAUGGUGAUCCCUUCUCUUUUUCUGCCUGCACUUACAGACAGACACAGUAAGCUACUACUUUCUUAUCACACCCAAACACCCAUCUACUUUCUGCAUUCCAUCACUAAAACGACGUCGCUUCUUCAACAUAACAAAAAUUCCCAAAAUGUUCACACCGUAACAACUUUCAAUAACAGAGAGAAUGGAUCAAGCAAGAUCGAACAACAACAACAACAUCGAUGAGAAUGUAGGAAUUCCAGACGAUUUACGUUGCAAGAGAUCAGACGGGAAGCAAUGGAGAUGCACAGCCAUGUCGAUGCCAGAUAAAACCGUUUGCGAGAAGCAUUACAUUCAAGCGAAGAAAAGAGCAGCCAAUUCCGCCAUGAGAGCUAAUCUCAAGAAAUCUAAGCCUGAUUCUGAUGUUAAUUUGGAGAGUAAGAGUGAUGAUUUUGAUGCUCCGCUUUCGACUGCGAUUAAUAAUAAUCAUCGUUCUUCCACUUCCUCUGGAAAGAAGUUGUUUGAUAAGGUUUCUAAGAAUCAGUUUCGGUAUACUCCUGAGGGCGUUCUUGGUUCUUCUUCUGGUAAUAAUGUUUCCAAGCCUGGUGAUGGUGGUGAUGUUUCGCCUGAUGAGGAUGCUGUUCUGUUUGAAGAAAAUUGGGUCUCGAAUGAUUCACAGCAUGCUUCUGGUGACGAUUCUGCUGGGAAAAUGACAGGCAGGAGCAUGGAUGUUGAUGUCAACACUGAAUUUUCUAAUGGAACAUCGGAUUCUUCUCAAGAAACUGGCGGGCAGACUUGCCAUCAGUGUAGGAAGAAUGUUAAAGAUGUUACUUGGUGCCUUAAGUGUGAUAGGAGAGGAUACUGUGAUAGCUGCAUAUCAACAUGGUAUUCCGACAUUCCAUUGGAUGAAAUUCAGAAGAUAUGUCCUGCAUGUCGUGGUAUAUGCAAUUGUAAAAUUUGCUUACGGAGUGAUAAUUCAAUAAAGGUUCGGAUACGUGAGAUACCUGUACUGGAUAAGUUACAGUAUUUGCACGUGUUGCUCUCUUCAGUGCUUCCCGUGGUAAAGCAGAUCCACCGAGAACAAUGUUUUGAAGUUGAACUUGAAAAGAAGUUGCGUGGUGCUGAAAUAGAUCUUCCAAGGACAAAGUUGAAUGCAGACGAGCAGAUGUGCUGCAAUUUAUGUAGGAUACCUAUCACUGAUUAUCAUCGACGCUGCCCAAGUUGUUCAUAUGAUUUGUGCCUUAUUUGUUGUCGAGAUCUUCGGGAAGCUACUUUACAUCAGAGUGAAGAACCUCAAACUGAGCAUGCAAAAACUACUGAUCGAAACAUAUUAAGCAAGUUUCCUCACUGGAGAUCCAAUGACAAUGGAAGUAUUCCAUGCCCCCCUAAGGAGUAUGGUGGUUGUGGUUAUUCAUCAUUAAAUUUAAGUCGGAUUUUCAAGAUGAAUUGGGUCGCAAAAUUGGUAAAAAAUGUAGAGGAAAUGGUUAGUGGAUGCAGAACGAGUGAUGCUGAUGGUCCGCCAGAAACCGGAUUGAAUGCUCUCAGACUUUGCCAAUAUUCUCAAAGAGAGGCUAGCAAUGAUAAUUAUCUUUAUUGUCCAACAUCUGAAGAACUCAAAACUGAUGGGAUUGGCAUGUUUAGAACACACUGGAAAACUGGUGAGCCCAUCAUCGUUAAGCAAGUAUUUGAUAGGUCAUCAAUUUCAAGCUGGGACCCAUUGGUCAUAUGGAGAGGGAUUCUUGAGACAACAGAUGAGAAUAUGAAAGAUGAUAACAGAAUGGUUAAGGCCAUAGAUUGCUUAGAUGGGUCCGAGAUUGAUAUCGAGCUUAAUCAGUUCAUGAAAGGAUAUUCUGAGGGGCGUAUUCUUGAAAAUGGUUGGCCACAAAUAUUGAAGCUGAAGGAUUGGCCUACACCUCGUGCAUCUGAAGAAUUUCUUUUGUACCAAAGACCUGAAUUUAUCAGCAAACUGCCUUUACUUCAGUAUAUACACUCCAAGUGGGGCCUUCUUAAUGUUGCAGCUAAAUUGCCUCAUUACUCCUUGCAGAAUGAUGUAGGACCCAAGAUAUAUAUAUCUUAUGGGAUUAGUGACGAACUUGGCAGAGGUGAUUCUGUGACAAAACUCCACUUCAAUAUGCGUGACAUGGUGUACCUUUUGGUUCAUUCAAGUGAAGUAAAGCUGAAGGACUGGCAGCGGACAAACGUUGAAAUGAUGCAGAAAACUUCUAAGGAAUCUGAGGAGAAAGAAUCUCAUGGGGAUCCAGAUAUAUGUUCAAGAGCGAGUUCACCCGAUUCAUCCUUUUAUACAAAAAUUAAUGGACUGGAUUUAGAAUCAGACCAGAAAGAUUCGACUAUGGAUCAAGGGGUUGAAGUUUAUUCUAGUGCUGAAGGGAAUUUGGUCAAUUCUGAAAUUCCAUUAAGAGAAAAUGGAGACGUCUCUGAGAUAACACAUCCUGGAGUUCUUUGGGAUGUCUUUCGUCGGCAGGAUGUUCCAAAGGUGACUGAAUAUUUGAAAAUGCAUUGGAAGGAGUUUGGGAAUUCAGAUGAUAUAGUUACAUGGCCUCUUUAUGGUGGAGCUAUUUUUCUUGACCGGCACCAUAAAAGAAAGUUGAAGGAAGAAUUUGGAGUGGAGCCGUGGUCAUUUGAACAGAAUUUGGGGGAAGCUAUAUUUGUUCCUGCUGGUUGCCCUUUUCAAGCAAGAAAUGUUCAGUCCACUGUUCAGUUGGCCCUUGAUUUCUUAUCUCCUGAAAGCCUGGGAGAGGCUGUAAGAUUGGCAGAGGAGGUUCGCCGUCUACCUAAUGAACAUGAAGCAAAACUUCAAGUUUUGGAGGUGGGGAAGAUAUCUCUUUAUGCAGCAAGUUCAGCAAUCAAAGAAGUUCAGAAACUUGUACUUGACCCAAAACUUGGUGGAGAGAUUGGAUAUGGAGACCCUAAUUUGACUGCAAUGGUUUCUGAGAACUACGAGAAAAUGUUUAAGCAGAGGCAGAUAACUUGUGCUUGAACAUCCACAUUUAGCUUAGUCUCAAAUCAGAAAAGUAGUCAUGUACAGUAACUGUAUUUGAGCAGUAUUUUAAAAGUUAGUAUGUUUCAGUGUAGUAGAUCAAAUACGUAGAUAAUUGUUGAAUGUGUAUAAUAGUUACUGACAUUAGACAUAGAGAAUCAUGUAACGAGAGAUUUCAGAUCUGUAAUUUAUUUAAAAAAGUGCAAUAGAAACAUGUAAUUUUGUAAUA